AUGCGCGAACUUAAAUCGAUCGAUAAAGCAGUUGAAAAUAACUUGAAUAUUAUCUUUGUAAAUCAAAAUUCAUAUGAGAAAUUGGUAGUAGAAAAGUUUGCUGAGGAUCUUUGCAUCGCUAAGAAUUUCAGUAUUGACUACUGCUAUCACUCUCGGUGGAAUAAGUAUAAAUUAUUGUCUGAGAUGACAUAUGAAAAUAUUGUUACUUGUUGUGUCUCCCUAUACGCGAACUAUCUGAGAUUUGGUCAGUGUGAUAGGCCAAGAAUCGAAGAUAUUGUCUACGGUUGGAGUAAUACGCUUACACUGCAGAUUAAAGCUUUAGACGAUUUUCGACUAUUUAUCGGUAACUUGGGCAAAGAUGCACUUAUAAGAAAUCAAACUACAACGAAACAUAUUAAUUUCCGUGAUAGUUUUGCUCACGUAGUAAUCAAUACAUUACAAGGAUUGUAUUUAUAUCUAAUGGCAUUUAUAAAGGGAAAAAAUCCACUAAAUAUCUAUAUUGAAAGUAGAGAACCUAGCAUAGAGCCUAUGGAAAUUGAUACCAAUACAGAGCCAAUAAUUGAAACCUAUAUAGAGCCGUGUAACGAGAAUCUAUUUCACAUAAUCCAACCAGAACGUAAUAUAAUCGACGAAAUAUUUCUAGAAGAUUGGAGAACUAUGGCUAUGAUCUUUACUCAAUACAAGAAAAUAACCGACAAUCUGUUUGACAUAGCUACUCGUAAUGGCAUCGCUAAAUUAGAACACAAGAAUAAAUACAACAUUCUGGAAGAGAAGUUCAACAAAUUUGCUUCUGCUACCUGUUAUCAAAGUAUCUUAUGUCUCUGCAUAAACAUAGGCAUUUGCACCUUUAAAAAUCUAGGGAGUGAUGAUUUGAGUGAGAUAUCAACAAUUUAUAAUGUCAUUCAAAACAGUUUUACUAAUAUGGUCCAUAGCUUGAAUGAAUUUCAAAAAUUAAUCGAUGCUUUGGGCAAUAAACUACUUGAAAUAAAUGGAAUAGCAGUGCAACAAGAGAAAUAUAACUAUGAUAAUCAUUCUUGCGUGUUAAUUAAUAUAAUUUACGAAUUGUAUUGGCGUUUAAUGGCAUUUACGAAGGCCACAGACCAAAAACAAAAAAUGGUAUGGUUCGAUUAUCAUGGAAGAAACUAG